AUGAGCGGGAGCAUCCUCCCUGCGGGUGGGCUGCCGGACCCCCUGCUCUGCGCCCCUGCGCGGUGGGCUCUGUCCCCGCCCCGCGUCCCCGGGGCCCUGCCCUGGCCCCGGCCUUGGCUCCGGCUCCUGCUGCUGCUGCUGCUCCUCCCGCCCCCCUCCGCCCUCUCCGCCGUCUUCACAGUGGGGGUGCUCGGCCCCUGGACCUGUGACCCCAUCUUCGCCCGCUCUCGCCCGGACCUGGCCGCCCGCCUGGCCGCCACCCGCCUGAAUCGUGACCCGGCGCUGGAAGGCAGCCCCCGCUUCGAUGUCGCGCUGCUGCCCGAGCCGUGCCGGACGCCGGGCUCUCUGGGGGCGGUGUCCUCCGCUCUGGGGCGCGUCUCGGGCCUCGUGGGGCCGGUGAACCCCGCAGCCUGCCGGCCGGCCGAACUCCUAGCCGAAGAGGCGGGGGUGGCGCUGGCGCCCUGGGGCUGCCCAGGGGCGCGGGCGGCAGGCACGACGGCCCCCGCCGGGACGCCCGCAGCGGACGCCCUCUACGCUCUCCUCCGCGCCUUCCGCUGGGCGCGCGUGGCCCUGGUCACCGCGCCCCAGGACCUGUGGGUGGAGGCGGGACGCUCUCUGUCCACCGCGCUCAGGGCCCGGGGUCUGCCCGUGGCCCUGGUGACCACCAUGGAACCCUCGGACGUGUCCGGAGCCCGGGAGGCCCUGAGGAGGGUCCGGGACGGGCCCAGAGUCAGCGCGGUGAUCAUGGUGAUGCACUCGGUGUUGCUCGGCGGCCAGGAGCAGCGCUGCUUACUGCAGGCGGCAGAAGAGCUGGGCUUGGCCGAUGGCUCCCUGGUCUUCCUGCCCUUCGACACUCUCCACUACGCCUUGUCCCCGGGCCCGGACGCCUUGGCCAUGCUCGCCAACAGCUCACAGCUUCGUAGGGCCCACGAUGCGGUGCUCACCCUCACGCGUCACUGUCCCCUGGGAGGCAGCGUGAUGGACAGCCUGCGCAGGGCCCAGGAGCACCAGGAGCUGCCCUCUGACCUCAAUCUGGAGCAGGUGUCCCCACUCUUUGGCACCAUCUACGAUGCGGUCUUCCUGCUGGCGGGGGGCGUGGCGCGGGCGCGGGCGGCCGCAGGGGGCGGCUGGGUGUCUGGAGCUGCGGUGGCCCGUCACAUGCAGGAUGCCCGGGUGCCGGGCUUCUGCGGGGCCCUGGGAGGAGGCGAGGAGCCUGCCUUCGUGCUGCUGGACACGGAUGCGGCCGGGGACCGGCUCUUCGCCACAUACAUGCUGGACCCCACCCGGGGCUCCCUCCGCUCGGCUGGGACCCCGGUACAUUUCCCUAGAGGAGGAGGAGCCCCCGGGCCCGACCCCUCGUGCUGGUUCGAGCCACACGUCAUCUGCAACGGAGGAGUGGAGCCCAGCCUCGUCUUUACCGGCUUCCUCCUGGUGGUCGGGAUGGGGCUGAUGGGGGCCUUCCUGGCCCACUACGUGAGGCACCGGCUACUUCACAUCCAGAUGGUCUCUGGCCCCAACAAGAUCAUCCUGACUCUGGACGAUAUCACCUUUCUCCACCCGCACGGGGGCAGCACGCGCAAGGUGGCCCAGGGGAGCCGAUCGAGUCUGGCCGCCCGCAGCACGUCGGACAUCCGCAGCGUCCCCAGCCAGCCCUCGGACAGCUCCAACAUUGGCAUCUAUGAGGGAGACUGGGUUUGGCUGAAGAAAUUCCCCGGAAAUCAGCACGUUGCUAUUCGUCCAGCCACCAAGACAGCCUUCUCCAAGCUCCUGGAGCUCCGGCACGAGAACGUGGCCCUCUACCUGGGGCUCUUCCUGGGCACGGGAGCUGGUGGCUCGGCUGCUGGGGAAGGCAUGCUGGCUGUGGUCUCGGAGCACUGCACCCGGGGCUCCCUCCACGACCUCCUCGCCCAGAGAGACAUCAAGCUGGACUGGAUGUUCAAGUCCUCCCUCCUGCUCGACCUCAUCAAGGGAAUGAGGUAUCUGCACCAUCGAGGUGUGGCCCACGGGCGACUUAAGUCACGGAACUGCGUGGUGGACGGGAGGUUCGUGCUCAAAGUCACAGACCACUGCCAGGGGCGACUGCUGGAAGCGCAGCGGGUGUUAGCGGAACCUCCCAGCGCCGAGGACCAGCUGUGGACAGCUCCGGAGCUGCUUCGGGACCCGGCCCUGGAGCGCAGGGGAACGCUGGCCGGUGACGUCUUCAGCCUGGGCAUCAUCAUGCAGGAGGUCGUGUGUCGCAGCACGCCCUACGCCAUGCUGGAGCUGACUGCCGAGGAAGUGGUGCAGAAGGUUCGGAGUCCCCCUCCGCUGUGCCGGCCCUCCGUGUCCGUGGACCAGGCGCCCAUAGAGUGCAUCCAGCUGAUGAAACAGUGCUGGGCGGAGCAGCCAGAACUCCGGCCCUCCUUGGACCGCACCUUCGAGCAGUUCAAAAGCAUCAACAAGGGCCGGAAAACCAACAUCAUCGACUCGAUGCUGCGGAUGCUGGAGCAGUAUUCCAGCAACCUGGAGGACCUGAUCCGCGAGCGCACGGAGGAGCUGGAGCAGGAGAAGCAGAAGACGGACCGGCUGCUCACACAGAUGCUGCCGCCUUCUGUGGCCGAGGCCCUGAAGAUGGGGACACCUGUGGAGCCCGAGUACUUUGAGGAGGUGACGCUGUAUUUCAGCGACAUCGUGGGCUUCACCACCAUCUCAGCCAUGAGCGAGCCCAUCGAGGUGGUGGACCUACUCAAUGACCUCUACACGCUCUUCGACGCCAUCAUCGGCUCCCACGACGUCUACAAGGUGGAGACAAUUGGGGACGCCUACAUGGUGGCCUCAGGGCUGCCCCAGCGGAACGGGCAGCGGCACGCAGCUGAGAUUGCCAAUAUGGCUCUGGACAUCCUCAGCGCCGUGGGCUCCUUCCGAAUGCGCCACAUGCCCGAAGUGCCCGUGCGCAUCCGCAUCGGCCUGCACUCGGGCCCGUGCGUGGCGGGCGUGGUGGGCCUCACCAUGCCGCGGUACUGCCUGUUUGGGGACACGGUCAACACCGCCUCACGCAUGGAGUCCACGGGCCUGCCUUACCGUAUCCACGUGAACAUGAGCACCGUGCGCAUUCUUCGCGCUCUGGACCAGGGCUUCCAGACCGAGGUGCGAGGCCGCACGGAGCUGAAGGGCAAGGGCGCUGAAGACACAUACUGGCUGGUGGGCAGACGCGGCUUCAACAAGCCCAUCCCAAAACCGCCGGACCUGCAGCCUGGGGCAAGCAAUCACGGCAUCAGUCUGCAGGAGAUCCCCCUCGAUCGGCGCCAGAAGCUGGAGAAGGCCAGACCAGGCCAAUUCUCCGGAAAAUGAGGCUGAGCAGGCACAGGUGCUGGCCCUCUGCUCCCAGACACCAGUCUCCCCUCAGACUCCGGGGCGGGGUUUGGGGGCUACCAACCUCUGGGAGAUGCUUUCAGGGGAACAGGCACCUCUUCCCCAGCCUUAGGGCCUAGCCCCUGCCUGUUGAACUUCUCAACCAAGCCAGAUAUACCCAUUGCUAUCUGAGUGAGCUCAGGUUUGUUCCUAAACCCAGGGAUUUUCCCUGAGAGGGAAGCACCAGCUUAAAGGAUUCUAGCUCAGUAGGUCUGGAGUGGCCCAGGAAUCCAGACUUGAGAACCCCUGUACACAUGACCUGAGACCUCUCCUCUGAUCCCCCACUGCAUUAACCAGGCCUCCCUGCCUGGCUGCACAGGCUGUGCACUGCACAAGAGACAAAACUCUAGAGAGCACCAUUUAGCAGAAGACAAGAUGAAUGUUGUCUCUAGAGUUCUUUUAGGGUAAAAGCCCUGCCCUCUACCUUCCUUGAAGAAGCUUUGAUCCAUGACCCUCCCCUUCCUAGGUGAACCCCCAUGACACCUUUCCACGAUUUCCCUCUGAGACACUCCUCUUUCUCUUAGGAGCAUUCUGGAAGGUCCUUUUCCUGAAAGUUGCUGCUAUAGGUGACCAAAACUCUGGCUAACACCAGUGGCUUCCAGCUCUGCCUCAAAAGAUCCUGGGCCUUUACAGGAGCUGGUUGCAAACCUGCUGUGUGACCUCAGGAAAGUCUCAUGUACUCUCUGGGCUUGGGUUCCCCCUCCAUGGUGAAAUAAGAAGUGGCCUGGGUGGCUUCCGCACUGCCCUGCUCUGACAGCUAAGCGUCAGCAUCCUUGGCCUGGGGAUAUGGGGAUGACAGGGGGAUGCGUGUCACUGGGCUUGUGGCCUCCAGCUCCAGUGCCUCUGAGCCCAUCAGGAGAGGGUGGGGUGGGGCUUCUCCACUUUCCUGGGCCUCCGGAGGCCCCAGGAAAGAGGGUGUGGGAUUGGUCCUGUUCCUCCAGAGCAGGGUUGUCUUGUGGCCUGAGGAUCAGCCUCUGUCUGGCUUCCAGCAUCCUUCCCUUCAUCUGUCCCCCGCCUCCACCCACCCACACACACCUGUCAGAAACCAGCUCCUCCCGUGGGCACAACUGUGACCGGCCCAAGUGCAGAGAAAAGCUGGCUUCAAGGCUUUGGGGAAAGGAAAGGAAACAGGCUGCACAAAACCUUUACUAGCUAGACACCCUAGGAAUCGUAGUAUUCCCUGCUUACGUGGGCACCGCUGAGCGGGUGGGUGGGACAGACCAUCCUAUCCUCUCUGCUUAGAUCUUUCCAACAAGUACCAACAACCACCCCACCCCACUGGUCCCGCUGAAGCUGCUUUUGCAGAACCGUGAUGUCCCGGAGCCUGGGCAGGCGCCCCGUUCACUCCAGAUGUCAUUCCACUGCUGCAGACCCUGGCAGGCGUUAGCAGCAGCCGCCCAGAAGGCCACUGUAGGUUGUGAGCGUCCGAUCCCCGGAGGUCUGCAAGCAGCAACAUCAUGGGCCAGGGACACAGCAGUCAGGGAGAACGCGGAGGUGGAAGGACUAAUGAAAUCCUCGGGGACACAGAGCGCGGUUGGCAGGAGCAUAGCAGUGACCCCAACCUGGGGACUUGCUAGAAAGGCAAGUUCUCCCUUUGAAUGGUCCCCGCCCCUUCCCCGAGGCUCCAAAACGCCAAGAUCUUCUGAACGCCCUUCCUUGCCGUCUGUCGCCUGUGGGCAUGGGAGCUCCUGGAGGUGGUUUGGCCGCCUUGCAAAAUCCAAUCCGAAAUCCAAAUCCGCAAGCUCCCAGUCCUCCGCCCGGUCCUGAAGGUUGAGAACCACUGUUAGGAAAUCUAAAAUCCAGCCUGUGUAUCUUCUGGUUACUUGAGGUGGUGCCGCUAGAGUGAGUAACGUAGCGCAACUGAAAAAACACUUUUAAGGAAGUUUGGAGAUGAUGAGUUAAAGUUGUUUGUUUGUUUUUUUAAACCCCAAUGCACGCACACAGUGGUUUUUGUUUUGUUUUGUUUUGUUUUGUUUUCAAUUACAUACAUUCUUAAAUAUCUCUCUUCAGAUUUUCUCUGUACUUGGGUCCUGGGGAUUAAGGGCAGACCGCAUUGCUGGCACUGGGCUUGACAACGUGACCCCAGCUGUCACUCCCCGUCUCUUCCCAGGCCCCCCUCCAUCCUCACCCCUCCCAGAAUCUCCCCCCUCUCACCCUUUCUCUCACCUUCCAUCCCACCUGUGAGGAUGGCCUGUGAUUCAGGGGAGCCUCCGGGCAGAGCUGACCGGGGAUCACCUGGGCGAGACUAGCAGGGGCAGGCUGGGGCAGGAAGGAGGAGGAGCCGGGGCCCAAACCUGGUUCGGGGUAGGGGCAGAGGCAGCAGGGCCGAGCCGGUCCCGUCCCACCUUCACCCCUGCCUUGUCGGGAGACCCCGAGCAGCCGACUUGACCCAGGAGGAACCUGGACAGGUCAAGAGAGUCUGAGAGCAGAGGCCUAGCCCAGAGCUCAUGGAGCCACUUGAAGUAGGGCACAGAAGGUCAGAAGACCAGGCGCAGUGCCCUCUCUGCCCCUCUGCUCCCUUCUCUGACCCUAUCUCUCCCCUGGUCUCCUGUCUCUGCCCACACUCCCUCCCUGCCUGCCGGUCCCGGCAGCUCCCCCAUUUCUGUGGAACCUUCCUUCCUGGGCCCAGUCAGUGUCCUAGAGCCCUAUUCCCCUCUGUCUCCAGUCUCCUUCACUGGCUCAGCCCUAUGGUUCUUGCGACAUGGGCACCUCCCAGCCCCGAGAGCACCCAGCUUGGCAAUCAGGCACUCCCCACCUUCAGAUGUGUUUACACUACCCCUGCCGCUGGCCUGCGCCCGGGAGCCCAAACGUGGGUUUGUCCUCGCCUUCCGGGUGACUCUGUAGCCAGGACCAGUGAUGGCCAGAGCAGGGCCCUCCCGCAGCUGCUGCAGCUUCGAUCCCAUAGCUGGGGCUCCGCACCAUGUCCCCGGCUCACACGGCGCCUUUUCUCUGCUGCUGCUCAGGGUCUGGGCCCUGCUCCCCAGCCCUACCUGCAGUGGGCGCCAGGCACCCCGCUUUGGGGGGUCUGAGACGCUACAUCAUGGGACUGUGUUCCCUGGGAUCUUCUGGACUGGGUGCCGCAGACGCCAGGCGCCACGGUGUUGG